AUGCUGAAUGCACCCAGCAAACUUCUUGGUCUGCCGAACGAGCUGUUGGCCGAGAUUCUCAAACUAUGCUCUAUCGACGAUUGCUUCUCCGUGACGGGGGUCUGUAGGCGACUAUACGAUGUGGCUGCAUCUCUUCCUCAGUUGUGGACAGACAUCAUACUCAUUGACAGCCAACCUAACACAUGGGUUGAAACACAAGCGAUGAUUCGGAGGUCGUUUCCUCUCUGUUUCACUUUCUCUCUCGCCGCCACAGAGCUACCAGACGCCGAUCAGCGUGACUCCAACAAUUCCUACUACGACGUGAUGGACUUAGCCAUUCGUACCGAGGCACACCGCCUACGUCGCCUCAACGUUGUUCUGACGGGACUCACGCAACACAAUCUUCUCGAGAACCAUCUGCUUACAUCUAUGCCAAACCUCGAGUACCUGGAGUUAACGGGCGACGGGACCGAUGAACGUCCUAUCCCUAGCACUUUCCUCGCGGGCUGCGCUCCUAGACUCAGGAGACUUGAUCUUGAUAACAUCGCUCUGCAAUGGGACUCCCCUCUGAUCGGGAAUCAAUUGACAUAUCUCCGGCUGGCUGAUCUUCCACAACGUCUGGCCCCUUCAACGCAGCAGAUGCUGAUGAUUCUACGAGCGACCCCUUCGCUACAGGCCCUGAUCAUCUCGGAUGUCCUCCCUCAGCAGGAUCAGCUCUCUGUUCCAUUCUACAUCCGCCACUCAUCUCAUGACAACAAAGUGACGCUCCCUGAGCUCCGAAACCUCGAUCUUGCGGGUGAUUUUGGAGACUGUGGGGCUCUCCUAGCGUAUCUAGACGUUCCGAAAGAAACUGAGAGCUGUAUCCGGACAAGGUCCUCGGCCGACGGGCAUCUGGACGAUAUCCCUUUACUACCAGCGGAUGCGUUUUCGUUCAAGGAUAACGACACCAUGAUGUCUGAGGAGAAAGUGAAACCCGACCUCUUCCGAACCCUCGAUAUCGAGUUUACCACGGCAAAUCAAGAAGGGCAGGAAAGCGACUGCCAUAUUCAUUGGAGCCACCCUCAGUGCAACAUCUCGGUGUAUGACAGCAAGUACUCCUCUCGAGACGAAGCGCUCUCGCCUGUGGCUAUCGAUGAGACCUUGAUUGAAAGUGGACGUAUCGGCGAAAGCUUUACCAGCGGUCUGCACCUUUCCUCGAGUUUCUCCUCGGACUGCAACUGCUACGGCGGCCACGACCAUCUCAAUGCAACGUUCAAACCUUUGGUGGGGACCAGCCGACUAUGUGACGUCGACACGCUCAGGAUCAAGACUUUGAUUCCGGGAGUACGCAGCUCCUGGAGAGCGCUCCUUGGUGCGGCUUCCAGUGCACGCGUGCUCGACUUGGACAUGGACCAAGCAAACCUGAAGGCUAUCCUCAACGAGCUAGAUGCAUCGGAUGUGAUGGGGGGUAAAGAAUCGCCGAUGUUGCCUGCGCUCUCAGAGCUUCAUUUGUUUUGGCCCUACGAAGAGGAUGCCAUGUUUAGCGUUGUUACGCCACAGCACUUGGUUCGCCUGCUGGCGCGACGGGUGGAAGCUGGGCUUCCCCCUGUCAAGUUGGCAAUUAAGGGAUACGAUGUACAACAGGUGUUUAGAGGUUUCGAAGGAUCGCUGGAGCGGUUGACUUCCACCCCUGUAGAGUGGGCCGAGUACGAUGACGAUAUGGAUUUAACUCGCUUGUUAGUACGUGUAGGAUAG